AUGACUGUUUCAGAUCAAGAUGAGAUAAAGCAAUUUGGUGAGUGGUUAUUGAAAGUUUGUGAUGGUCUAAUAUGUGACAAUAUGGAUGGAUUUUUCAAAGCAAGAACUAUACUGGCUCCCACGCUGGACAUCGUUGAAGAGGUCAACAACCAUCUGAUGGCUAUCAUUCUUGGAGGGAAAAAAAUAUAUCUUAGUUCGGAUUCGAUUUGUAUUGGUGAAGAGAAUAUGGAGAGUCAACUAGAUCUUUAUGGUCCUGAAUUACUGAAUAGCAUAAAUUGCUCUGCUUUGCCUCCACAUAAAUUAAUACUCAAAGUUGGUGUUUCGGUGAUGUUACCGAGAAAUAUUGACCAAUCCAGUGGUCUUUGUAAUGGUACAAGGCUAAAAGUUAGGAAACUUAGAAAUCAUGUCAUAGAAUGUGAAGUCUUAACAGGUAACAAUGUUGGUCAUAUUACUUUGAUUUCAAGAAUGAAUAUGGUACCAACAAAUGAAACCAUCCCAGUUAGAUUCCAACGAAGACAGUUUUCAUAG